AUGUGGGAUACAAUUAUGACUAAAAUAAGUUUAUCUGAAAAGAAUAAAAUGUCAACAGGAAAUACACUUGUGGAACUUCAUCAAUUUUUUGAAGAUGAUCCAGAUGAUUAUCAAUUGGAGAUGGAAGCUGAAGUUCGGCUUAAAGCUCUUUAUUCGUGUCUUGUUAAUGCAACAUCAAGAACAAUGUUACAAAUUGGUUUAAGUGGUUUAUUAACAUAUCUUAAAGCAUCUCAACGAAGUCCUAUUAUUGAUGAAUUACUUUUAUCAAAAGAUUAUAUUUCAGAAAUUAUUACUAUUGCUGCUGAUCAUUUUACAACAGCACCAUUACUUUCAGCAACAUGUCUUUAUGAAUGUAUGUUGCAUUAUCCAAAAAAAUUUUCACCAUUUCUCAUUAAUAAAUUUCGUCCAUUAUUACCUCGUAUUAUCUAUAAAAAAAUGUCUGGUCCAAGCGAGAUUUGUUGCAAAUGUAUUGCUCAUUUAUCUGUACUUGGAAUACCAUCAACUUCAAAACAAGCUAAAUCAUGGAAAAAUGAAUAUGAUCGAUAUCUUAAAAUAGCUUCUCUUCUUAUUGAUCAACUUUAUUCAGGAAUAAAUGAUUAUCUUUGUUCGGAUGUAACUGAUAUUGAAACAACAUUAACAGCUGAAAUUGGUGAUGUUAUUUCAUCAACUGAUUAUGCAGCUAUUUUUUCUAAUUGUUGUAAUAUAUUAAGAUAUCUUUUAUAUGUGCAAUUGGAAUCUCCAGUAACAGUGGCAUGUGAACGAACAUUUAAAUUAAUAUCAAAAGUCAUAUCGAUUAAUGGUCAACAAUUUAAUACACUUCAUCGUAAACAACAUUUACCAACAUUGCUUGGUUCUUGCGUUCAAUUAUGUGAUACACUUGUUACUUUUAAUCCAUCAUCAUUUAUGUUUAAUAUUCGAUCAAUAUUUACAUUAUUUAUUUCAUUACUUGAUCUUGUACGUCCACAAGCUGAAUAUUUAACAUUAUCAAUAAAUAUUUAUCAAUUAUUAACAAAUUUAUUAGCAUUAUUUCAUCGACAAGUACGAAUUGAUGUUGAUAUAUUACAAAAAUUAAUUCGUUGGAUUAUAAAUGAUUCAACAGUACGUACACGAUCAAAAAUACCAAUUGCAUAUUUAUCAAGACCAGAUCAUAAUUUAUCUCGAAUUAUAAUUAAUUGUUCUCAACAACUGCUAAAUAUUUAUUCGGAUCAUAUGCCGAAAGAUCAAUAUAAUCUUAUACAAAAUCAUUUUAUACAAACACUUAUGAUUUGUCAAUCAACAAAUAAUAGUAUUAAUAAACCAUAUGAUGAUGAAAUAUGUCGUGUUGGUUUAUAUAAUAUUCUUGAAUGUUUAUUAAUUAAUGAAAGACCUGAUUGUUCAACAAUUAUUGCUAUUAAACAUCAUAAAGAAGAAUAUAAUCAAGUAUCAGAACAACAACGAAAACGACCAAAAUUAGUCGAUUCACGACCAGUUGAAAUUGAUGAUGAUGAAGAAGAAGAUGGAGCUGAACAAAUUUUUGCUGAUGAGAGUGAUGAAGAAGAACAAGAGAAUGAACAUAUGGAUGAUUAUGAUGAAGAAGAAAUUGGUGAAGAAAGUGAAGAAAUGGAUGAAAGUGAUGAAGUUGAUGAUGAUGGUGAUGAUAAUGAUGGUAGAUCAGAAAUUAGUUCUGAUGAUGAUGAUGAUAAUGAAGAACAUUUAAUACGUACAAAUGGUAUUAAUAAAAUUAAUCAACAUUUAGGUAUUCCUCAAUCAAAUGUUGAUCUACUUGGUAUGGAUGGUCCAUCAUCAGAUUCAUAUCUUCAAACAAUGAAUGAUAAUAUUCAUAAAAAAUUUCGUCGUCAAAAUCAUUUUGGUCAUCAUUAUUCAUCUUUAAAUCCAAUUUCAGGAAAUUUUUCACAUAAUCAAAUUUAUCAUCCUAAUCAAUUAAAUGGUGAUUAUAAAAAUAAUAUUAAUAAAUCAACAGUUGGUAAUGGUCAAGUAUUAUCAAAAAAUAAUGGUAAUAAUAAUAAUAAUGAUGAUGAUGAUGAUAUUGUAUUAGUUAGUGAUGAUGAUAGUGAAGAUAAAAAAUCAGAAACAAAAACAAAUAACUUGUCAAUUUCGGAACCAACUACAUACGUAUCUGAUAUACCAACAACAUAUGUUGAAACAGUUACAACAAAAUCAAUAACAACAACAACAUUUAUGACGAAUGAUGCUGUGUCUGCUAAAGAUUUACUAGAAGAUAUCGAUAGGUCUUCAUGCGGUAAUGUCAUCCGCAUAGAGACAUCAUCUGUCGACAAUUCUGCCACGUCAUUAACUCUAGCUAUUCAGGAAACAAUGGAAUCACUUCGUGAUGCUGUUAAUCUUGUUAGUGAUGAUUAUGCAAUAUUCAAUGAUGAGCAGAAUUAG